AUGGAGGACGAGGGGACGUGGCGAUCUGCUUGUUGCGCAGCCCUCCCCAAGAGCUACGAGAACGUCGUUCUCAACUUGGAGAUGAGCAGCGCGGAACUGCGAUCGCGAGACGUCGUGAGAGUGCUCACGAAUGAGCACAUCAAGAGGCAAGGUGACAAGACGGACAUCGUGUACAUACUGCGGAAAAUUGGGGCACACGGCGGAGCGGUGCUGGACCAAGCAGAAGGACGAGAAUCAAGGUGGAGCUCGACGCGGCGGCAACAAUGCUCGUGGACUGGAGCCAACAACGUUCAGUGGCGAACCAACAGCAACUACGACGACAACUGCGAUCGAGUUGCGUUCGCGGUUUCGCUGGAGGCCGGACUUUCGACGGGCAAGAAUAUGCCAGGGAUGUGGGCAGUCGACAGCGGUGCGACGCAUCACAUCUGCAACGACAAGGCCAAGUUUGCAAGCCUGAAUGAGCGAGAGGGAAGGCGAACUAUCAGUGGCUGA